GCGCGCGGUGUAGUUGUGCUCGCUCACGCUGGACACUCAGUGGCAGAGUGAAGGAGAAUCACGACGAAGAUGGUCUCGAUACGCGGAGUUCCCCUCGCGGAUAGCCUCUGUUGGUACUGAUUCGGAGUGUCCUCCCGGAUAGCUUUGCUUCGAGGAGUUGCUUCAUGUUCGGAAUCCCUCCUGAUUUCUGGACCGUUUUAUCGUCUGCCUGGUGGAAGCUAUGAUGCUAUGAAGACCACCAGAGAUGACUGAUGUGGAACCUGUUGUCUCUGACUUUGCAGCCACGGGCAGGACUGGCCGGAGGAAUGCAUUGCCAGAUAUUCUAGGUUCCACAGCUGGUCCUGGAGCUGCCGACCUACCUGAUAAACUAGCCGAGCUUUCAGUAGGAGAUGAUGGCGAACAGGGCGGAGAGAGCUCAUCGUCGUCUGACCCACCUAAAGAAACCACAGAGGAGGCAAAGACAGAGGGCUCAUAACUCUACUCCAGCGCCACAGUGAUCUGACCUCAUGAGAGACUCACAACCUCUUGUCCCAUUGACCAAACAACUGUUACUCUGUGCUAUGCAACAUCAAGACCACCUAUGAUUGGCAUUCGGAUGUGGGCCAGCGCAAAACAGCUCAUUCCUAUUAAAAUGGAAAGUGUUUUUCAAAUAUCAACAUUUGUUCAUUUCAUACAUCGAUGACUUUUUUCCCCAAAGACCCACUGUCAUGAUUUUCCCAAACGACUGGCUGAUUUAUGUGUCUUAUGAAAACAGAUGUGACUUGCUUUCUCAUUUUAAAAAGGGAUAUUUUGUUUCAUUUUAAGACUUUCCAUAAUAGCAUUCUUCUCUGAAUGUUGACAUGUAGUGGCAAAAUGUCUCUUUUUGCACAAAAAAAGUAAAUACAUUCCAUUUGGUGAUGUAAGUAAAGUUUUUUAUCUUACAAUAUUUGUCUGUCCUUGUACAACACCACAUCAUCUGUGUUUUGUAUUGUAAAGAUAUGUAUUGUUAACAUUUGACCCAGAAGAUAAGAAACAGAGCUGAAUAACAUGAAACGAUAUUUUCUUCUUGUAAAUACAGAAUUGUACAUUAUAUUUGCUAGUUUUGUUUAAAAGCCUUCUGUUUUGUGCGUAACUGCUGUCAGUGCUGCCCUGCGUGAGCUCAGAGUGGAUUGUUAGCUGUCUGAUUCAUUGCUGCAAACAUCUGUGGUCAUGUCAUUCGGACGUCAUCUUAAGUGCUUGUCUCAGAUAUUUCUUUGCUGUUGUUGAUUGCAGUAAAAAAAUAUGAUUGUGGAGACAUGUUGUUCUUCCUCUAUUUCAUCUUUUCACUGUGUUUCCAUUAGAGAAUUACAUUUUAUUUUAUUUUACUAUUUACCUGGCCAUAAAUCUUGUAAUUUUGUCUGUGGUUAGCUACAUAUAAAAUGCCAUUAUGCUAUGUUUAAAAAUUAUAAUAAAUCCUGUGCUUAA